AUGGCUAAAAAAUCAUUAAUGGCAGAACCAGGAGACCCAAUACCUCAUCCACGUCGAAAAAGAUAUCGUCCAGGGACAAUGGCACUUAGAGAAAUUCGGAAGUAUCAGAGAACGACGGACCUGCUCAUCCAACGUCUUCCGUUUUCGCGAAUCGUUCGUGAAAUCUCAUCCGAAUUUGUUGCCAAUUUUUCUACAGAUGUGGGCCUUCGCUGGCAAUCAACCGCUUUACAAUGCCUCCAAGAAGCUGCAGAAGCUUUUCUUGUUCAUCUGUUUGAAGAUACUAAUCUUUGUGCUAUUCACGCCAAGCGUGUGACCAUCAUGCAGCGCGAUAUGCAGCUAGCUCGUCGUAUCCGUGGUGCUUAA